GGACGUCAAGCAUUCUCCUUCUCAACCCUAAUUGCUUCCUCUCUUUGUCCAGUCUUAAAAAUUCACAAGUUUGGUAUGUGCAUUCUUCGUGGCCGAGCUUUGAUCUGCUAUUUCGAUCGUCAAGGAGCUUAAACAUACAUGCGAGCGUUAUCUAAUCCGGAUUUGGUACCAUUUGCCGAGGUAAUUGAAGCUCCUGUGGUGAUACUGAUGCAUUGAAUUGUCAUAGAUUGUUCUGAAUAUGGGGUGUUCUUUACAGCGGAAUUUGGCGACAGAUUGAACUGGUCUGACCCAGUUUAUUCUCGAUCAAGAUUCACUCUUGUUCGCGACUAGAACUAUACGAAGCAGAGUCUGAGGGAGGUGGACAUAGUGCGGCAAGGGGUACAGGAGUGUGAGAUAUGAAGAACGAGGACUCAGAGUUGCUGCAGGUAGCAGUGGCGGAGCACUUGAAGCUGCUACAGAAGAAGCAAACGUUCGAAGUUGCUGCGAAAGCUCUAACUACCAUUGUCCAGGAACGCUAUGUACGAGCAACUCCAGCAGAGCAGCACUCAAUUUACGGAGCAGUGUGCAGGGCAGCCACACUUUUGACUACAAGAUUCACCAGCACAGCCUUUUGGGUGGCUGGCCUUCUACUUUUCGAAUCUGCUGCAGCUGUUGUGAAAAGGCCCGAGGAAAAGAAAAAAAUUAGCGGUUUCGUCAAACAAGCAAACGAGUUUCUUGCAGAGCAGAUGGAGACGGAUGAAUUUGUGCCUCCUGCAAUGCGUGCAGGGCCUAGUACCCCAGCUUAUUUAUUUGAAGGUCAGUUUCCUGUUGGAGGAGGAGCAGCACCACCACCCCCACAGUGGUUGCAGUCCCAGAAUCGUCUCGCAUCUUUAGUUCGAGAUCAGGUUAACCAAAUGGCAGCAAGGGAGCAAGCUAUUUCUGCCGAGGGUCGCAAUGACGAAGAAGCGGAAGGUGGUCGGGAGCGAACAAUGCAACAACUGACGCAACAACUUCUAAACGUAAUGGAGACAGUCAAUGACAGAAAUGCAGGAGAAAACAUGGCCCUCAGUGAUGAAUUUGUUGGGCUUGAAGAAGCCAUUCAAGCAACCCUUCAGGAAAUCGGCAGUGUUCCACGCGGUCCACCCCCAGCAUCUAAGGAGGAGGUCGCAAAGCUUCCAAUAGUUGAAGUUACGAAGGAGUUUCUUGAGAGAGUAGGAGCGGAUACCGAAUGUGCUGUUUGCCGGGAGGGCAUGGUAGUAGGAGACAAGUUACAAGAAAUGCCUUGCAAGCACAACUUCCAUCCUGCUUGUCUCAAGCCUUGGCUGGAUGAACACAAUUCAUGCCCCAUAUGCCGGCAUGAAAUGCCUACCGAUGACCAUGAGUACGAGCGACAGAAGGAGCGAGACAGAGAAGCUGAAGAGGAGCGAAAGGGUUCUGAGAACGCACUUAGAGGUGGAGAGUUUAUGUACAUAUAGAUCCCUCCGCCAUUUCGAUUAAGCUUAGACACUUACAAAACAUAGCUAAUAGUAGGUGAUAACGUCAUUACCUCGUGGUUAACAAAACAUUCUUUCUGUAUAUUUACUACUUCGUAACAGAUUCGUGCCAAAAGUCUCUAAGCAUCUAAUAUAUACCUAAUUAUACGCUAA